AUGGUUUCUUUCAAGGUGGUCAUUUCUGCCCUUGCUGCUGGCAGCAUUCAAUUCGCUUCUGCCAUUGUGGUUCCAGACGGCGGAGUCACUCCCCACGACCAAUACUCAUCCUCAGUCGGAGUCCUCGGCUGCAAGAUCGAUACCAACAGGGUCGCCUACUGGAGGGAAGAGGUCGAUUGUGACAACAUCUGCGUGGAGGUCACCGCCAACAACCGCUCCGUCACUCUGCUCAAGAUUGACCAUUCCGGUGGUGCCUACGAUAUCUCCUUUGACGCUUGGCACUAUCUGGCCUGGGGGGACCCGGCAAUUGAAGGCAAAACCCGGUCUGGCGGUCAUCUUGCGGCUGAUUACAAAUUCGUCCCCAACGAAAACUGUCGUCACCUCAUCCACACUGCCUCUGGAAAACUCCCCUUAAUGGCAGCGAACUCGAUGAACUUUGUCAGCCAAUGCAAGGUCCCCGGGGGCCCAAGGACCUGGGUCGGGGAGAACUUUGAGAUGUGGAACAUCGCAAAUGCUGUAUGCAUGUAUGGCGUUGACGAGGUCUGCGCGUAUCCCGACGUCUCAAAUGGCUAUAACCAGCCCAUAUGCCCAUCCGGGCUGGGUAACAACGCCAUUUUGGAGGGACAUGAGGUCUGGAACAUUUGGUAUCCCAGCGGAAAACUGGCCAAGGCGCUUGGUUGA